CACGUAACUUCCUGGAGACGCUUUUCUUGUUUUCCCAUGGAAAAUGGCGGCUUCUAGCCCAGAUCGCAGCUCAGAUGGGGGGGAGGCCGAACCUGGGACCGAAUCCGAGCCAGAUACGGAUCCCUGGACGGGAGUGGGACCGAUCGUUAUAAGGGAGCCCACUGUUAAGCUCCUGAGUCCGGUGAGCGGCCUAGAACCGCUCUCGUGGUCCGAAGACCACCGAAUCUCGGCCUCCAGUACGAAUAACAUUUCUCUGAUGGAGAUCGUGUGCGAUGUCCACGGCUACGGACAAGACCUGAUCAUCCAUCGCACAUCUAUCCCCCUGUCGGACAACAGCUGUGUGUUGAAGGUAGGUCCAGAGGAGGAGGUAUUAGAGAUUAAGGAACAGUAUGCCAGCUCCAAGGACCUGGCGGUGAGCCAGUGCUUCAGACUGGACAGAACCCUGAACCAAGGCGGGGACGCCCACCCCCCGGCCGCCGGCUUCAAGUACACCAGCUGGUCCCCGCUGGGCUGCGACACCAACGGACGGUGCCUCCUGGCCUGCCUCACGCUGGACAACCGCCUGACGGUGCACAGCAACGCCAGCAGGCUGCAGUGGACGACGCUGGUGGACCUGACCGAGCUGUACGGGGAGAUGCUGGCGGAGAAGGACUACUGCCUGCCGGGGGCCGAGGCGCCGCGGGGCCCCCUGGAGGACGUGGCCGAGCUCGAGCGCCGCUACCGCAUGCAGACGCCCGUGCGCAUGGAGUGGUCGAGCGUGUGCGCCACCCAGCAGGUGCAGACCAACAACGAGUGCAAGGACGUGGGCACGGUGCUGCUGGCCGUGCUGAUGGAGAACGGCGACGUGGCCGUCUGGCAGUUCGGCCUGCCCUUCCUGGGCCGGGAGUCGGUGGUGUCGUGCAGCACCAUCCGCUCGGGCGUGUCGGCCCCCAGCGUGCUGGCGUGGUGGGAGUACGAGCACAGCGGGCGCAAGAUGAGCGGCCUGAUCGUGGGGAGCUCGGUGGGCCCCGUCAAGAUCCUGCCCGUCAACCUGAAGGCGGUGAAGGGCUACUUCACCCUGCGGCAGCCCGUGGUGCUGUGGCAGGAGACGGACCAGAUCCCCGUGCACAACAUCAAGUGCAUCUCGCUCUUCCACCCGUACCAGAAGUGCAACUGCAGCCUGGUGGUGGCGGCGCGCGGCUCCUACCUCUUCUGGUGCCUCCUGCUCAUCUCCAAGGCCGGCCUCAACGUGCACAACUCGCACAUCACCGGCCUGCACUCCUCGCCCAUCACCUCCAUGACCGCCGGCCGCCACGGCGGCUCCGUCUUCACCUGCUCGGCCGACGGCGUGGUGAAGAAGCUCACGCCCAUCUUCACCGACGUGGCCGUCAUGUUCAAGCAGGAGGAGAUCCGCCUGCCCGAGGGCGUGGCCGGCCGGAGGACGCACGGCGUCGCCGUCAGCCCCAACGGCGCCUACCUGGCCCUGGUGACCGCCGAGGGGCUCACCAACGGGCAGCGCCCGCCCGGCCGCGCCCACCAGGUGCAGUUCGUCACGCUGAAGACGCCGGACGACGCGGCGGCCGAGCUGCUGGAGUCCGGCGUGCAGAACCUGUUCCGGCAGACGGACCUGCUGGACCUGGUGCGCUGGAAGGUGCUGCGGGACAAGCGCAUACCUCCGCUGCUGCAGGAGGAGCUGGACGACAAGGUGCACGCCACGGGCUCCACCUACCUGUGGCGCUUCAAGCUCUUCCUGUUCCGCGUGCUCUACCAGUCCCUGCAGAAGGCCCCCGCCGACAGGCGCUGGCGCCCCUCCCACGAGGACGCCAAGGCCUUCAUCGUGGAUGAUGAGGAGGAUGACGAGGACGAGGAGGAGGAGGAGGAGGAGGAAGGGGAGGAGGAGCCGGUCGCCGGGGGCUCGGCCUCGGCCUCUGAGGGGGCGGGGUCGCGGUCGCGCGGCCCCGAGGUCGGGGGGCCCUCGGAGGACCAGAUGAGCGAGAUCAUCGCGUGGAUCGAGGCGGUGGAGUCGCACCUGACGCGCGAGCACAUGAAGAGGGUUCUGGGCCAGGUGUACCUGCACACCUGGAUCACGGAGAACACCAGCAUCCCCACCAGGGGGGUCUGCGACUUCCUGAUGAGUGACCCCACCUACGAGGACAGGGCCGCCAGGGUCCUGAUUGGCCACAUUUUCAAGAAGAUGAACAAGCAGACCUUCCCAGAGUACUGCAGCCUGUGCAAGGAGGUGCUUCCAUUCACUGACCGGCGACAGGCAGUGUGCAGUAACGGUCACAUGUGGCUGAGGUGUGUGCUGACGUACCAGGCCUGCCAGACUCUGUCGUAUCGACGCUGCCUCCUGCAGGACAGCAUAGCCAGACACCCCGUGCCCGACGACCCGGACUGGAUCAAGCAGAUCCUGCAGGAGCCGUGCACCUUCUGCGACUCCCCGCUCUUCUAGUCCCAGUCGCGGUUCGGACGGUCCGUUCAGCCCCAGGCUCCGCGGUUUGGACGGCCGGCGAGCGGGAGGGCCGCGCCGCCGCCGCCGCCGUGGUCUCCGCGGACCGCGAACGACAUCAUCACCACCAUUCAUCACCACUGUUAUUGAUUUGUGUUCCCUUUCGUCGCGCAGGGGGGAAACGGCGAGUUUAAGCACACCCUUCUUCCGUUUCCCCGCAGCCCAGAGCUCCGGCGUGAGGUUAGGGUUAGGGUUAGGGUUGGCGUUGCGGAACCUGCGGACGCGGGUUGGGAAACGCUCCCACGGCCCGUCGCUUUCCCCGCUCCCGCGAGCCUCCGCCGCGGUAGCUAAGAGACGCGAACGCGGCGAGACUUCAAUUUUUUAUUAUUAUUAUUUUUUUUUUUUUAGCCACAGCCGGUGGAGUUCCCGAGCGCUUGCGCUCCUUUAAAAAAACGCCUUUCCCCCUAAUUGGCUUUGGGAAAUUGAUGCGGAGCAGACGCUUCUCCUCUUGUCACUCAGUGCCCGCGCCCCGUAAGAACUCCUGAGACGAGGACUUCAUAUAAAUGAGGCGAGAGA